AUGACAGCCAAAUCGGCAAAGGCAACUAGUAGGAACUGGUUGAUGGAAGGGUUAUCGGUAUUGGCCAGCUGUCUGAUUACGGUCGGCCUGUACGUACUCCUCGCACGAUUUGAUGACCACGAAGCUCCCCAUUUUGGUGCCGUAUCGGAAUGGGGUAUUACCCUCAAUACUAUUGUGGCUAUUAUGGUUAAUAUAGCAGUCGCUGCUAGCAUUUCGGUCGUCGUAGAAUGCAUUAGCCAGCUCAAGUGGCUUUGGUUCUCAGAGCAGCCUAGGUCCUUAGCUGAAAUCCAAGUCUUUGAUGAAGCAAGUAGGGGAUUAUUUGGCAGCUUAAAGCUGAUAUGGGGAAUCCGUCACCGAUCUAUUGCCACCACAGGUGCCUUUCUCGUGGUGGUUCAGCUGGCUGUGGCGCCACUUACCCAACAGUCACUUCAUUACGAGUCGCGAAGCGUAGCAGCUGAAGGUAUCAACGGUACCCUUCCUUAUGUGGAAAAAUACAUCGAAAUGGGCCAGCAACCUAUCCUCGCAGGCAUCACUCCGAGCGGGUAUGAUUCAUUGGGUACAGGUAUGAAGUCGGCGAUAAUAUCGGGAAUCUUUAUGGACACCGAUAUCGUCCUCAACGAUACAGAACCGUCGUGCCCUAGUGGCAAUUGCACCUUCAGCGACUGGUCAGCCUUGACCGUUUGUACAGGUUUCGCGAACGUUACCUCAUAUCUUGAUGACCGAUCUGAUCGCAAGAAAAAGGACCGUGUCCACCUUGAAUACUGCAUCGCAGAUGACAUCUGCAUUACAAGCAACUAUGAGGACUAUCAAGUCAAAGUGAAUAUAACAUCCGCUGCACGUGGUGAGCAGUUUGAUGGACCACUUGGAUCCGAUGUUCGAGACCGAACUGGUUACAAUUACACGUCCAUGGCUUUCAAAGAUCGCCCGAGCCCUAUUGCAGACUUCUACGUGCUCUACCAAAACCUGACCACUGAUCAGUACAUGGCUAUCGAGAUCGUUUUGGAAUGGUGCGUCCAAAGGUUCUCAACAAAAGUUGUCAAUGGAAUUGCCACCACCGUCCGACUCGACGAAUCGAGGAAUUUCACAGAAUCGGGCUAUGAACGUGUCAUUAACGAAGUCGACGGAGAACAGUUUGAGGUCGAUAUCCUCACCCAUUUGUCACUGCAGCGCCAUCUCGCCAAGUACUUGUCUGGUAUGCUUUUUUAUCAAGGUGGCGACCAAGCAGAUACCGAUGUUGCCAUAUCCUUUUCUGGGGCUCUGGGGUCAUUAAGCUGGCAAACCGCUACACGUGUCCCCAGGGGCUUCCCUAGGCUAGGUGCUCUUCUGAACAACACGGCGACUAGUAUGACCAAUUUCCUACAUCAAAAGACACUCCGGAGAAAAAACGGCAUAGUUUAUGUACAGAAAGUUUACGUCCGCAUCUCAUGGGGAUGGCUAGCUGCUCCGAUUAUAUUCGUUGUCUUUGCCCUAUUAUUCUUCAUCGCAACGCUGGUUUACGGACGCGUUCGCAAAAUGCGAGGUGUACCGGCUUGGAAAUCUAGUCUGUUAGCAGCAUUACAGACUCCCGAUGCCGAUUUACAUCAGCUCCUAGGCUCUAAGGCGUCAAAGGUUCCCGUGUUCUCGCAAAUACAAAAGCUCAAAGUUCAGCUUAUUAAAGCUGAUGGUCGCUGGAGUCUCACAGAGUCUGUUCCUCACAGAAAAAUGAGCGAUCAGACACCACUGCAACAAGAAGACGACAGCAUGCCGUUAUCAAGCUUAUAG